ACAUGCUCAGUUUUGCUUGGCUUUUUGUUCAGGUCUGAUCCGGCUAUUCUGUACAACGAUAGAUCUGUACUGGAAAAUCACCAUUUGAGCGCAGCCUAUCGCCUCCUACAAGAGGACGAGGAAAUGAAUAUUUUGGUCAACCUCUCAAAGGAUGACUGGAGGGAGUUCCGAACCUUGGUAAUUGAGAUGGUGAUGGCCACAGAUAUGUCUUGUCACUUUCAACAAAUCAAAGCCAUGAAGACUGCUCUGCAGCAGCCAGAAGCAAUUGAAAAGCCAAAAGCCUUAUCCCUCAUGCUGCACACGGCAGAUAUUAGCCAUCCUGCAAAAGCGUGGGACCUCCAUCAUCGCUGGACAAUGUCGCUCCUGGAGGAGUUCUUCAGACAGGGUGACAGAGAAGCGGAGCUGGGGCUGCCUUUUUCUCCUCUGUGUGACCGCAAGUCGACUAUGGUUGCUCAGUCACAAGUAGGUUUUAUCGAUUUCAUUGUGGAACCUACCUUCACCGUGCUCACGGACAUGACCGAAAAGAUCGUGAGUCCGUUAAUCGAUGAAACCUCCCAGACUGGCGGGGCAGGACAGAGGCGUUCCAGUUUGAACAGCAUCAGCUCAUCAGAUGCAAAGCGCUCAGGUGUCAAGAGCUCUGGGUCAGAGGGAAGUGCGCCAAUCAACAAUUCCGUCAUCCCAGUUGACUAUAAGAGCUUUAAAGCCACUUGGACCGAGGUGGUGCACAUCAAUCGGGAGAGAUGGAGGGCCAAGGUGCCCAAAGAGGAGAAGGCCAAGAAGGAAGCAGAGGAAAAGGCUCGCCUGGCCGCAGAGGAGCAGCAGAAGGAACUGGAAGCCAAAAGCCAGGCUGAAGAAGGCACAUCUGGCAAGGCUGAGAAAAAGACAUCUGGAGAAGCUAAGAAUCAAGUCAAUGGAACGCGCACAAACAAAAGUGACAACCCUCGCGGGAAAAAUCCCAAAGCUGAGAAGUCAGCAGGAGAAAAGCAACAGAAUGGUGACUUGAAAGAUGGUAAAAAUAAGACAGACAAGAAGGAUCACUCGAACGUCGGAAAUGAUUCAAAGAAAACAGAUGGCACAAAGCGACGUUCUCACGGCUCACCUGCCCCAAGCACUAGCUCCACGAGUCGCCUUACCUUACCAGUCAUCAAGCCUCCUUUACGUCAUUUCAAACGUCCUGCGUACGCAUCUAGCUCCUACGCACCUUCAGUUCCAAAGAAAACUGAUGAUCACCCCGCAAGGUACAAGAUGCUGGAUCAGAGGAUCAAAAUGAAAAAGAUCCAGAACAUCUCACAUAACUGGAACAGAAAAUAAAUCAAGGCAAAGAAGAGGAGAGAAGGAGGCCCACCUGGGUGCCUCCCAGCACUCAUUGGCCACAGCAGGAUGCGGGCAGGUACCAUCGUGGUUGGCUCCACUUAAGGCAAAAUGAAAGCCUUGGUGAUUUUCCCCUUUGUCGUUCUUUUAUAGACUCAUCAGUCUUCGGAUUUGAGGUCGAUCCAGACUCCAGCAACAAACUAGUAAGAGGGUUGUUUCAAGUGGCUUUUAUGGUAUAGAUCUUUAGAAGUCUAAAUUGGACCAAAAUUAAAAUGGUACAAACUAUUCACAAAAAAUAAAAUACUUCCCAGUGCUACUUUUUUCAUCCUUAAAAGUUGAAGUGCCCCAAUAAUAACACUGGAUUUAAUAAUCACCAUAUUUAAGAAAUGCACUUCUAAAAACAUCUGUUUCAAUUUUAAAUGUACCUAUUUAAAUUUUAAAUAGGUGUAUUUAAAAUUCAAGUAAAGGUAACAUUUGAAGUGAAUGCAUUCAAAACAAAAGUUUUGCUUCUGACUGUAACAAUCUUAACAGGAAGAGAAGACUGAUGAAUUCCGUUCAUGGAUAUUUCAGAAUUCAGGCUUUACAAAGUAGAUCCAAGCUAAAAAAAAAAAAGAGAGAGAGAGACUUUUUUGGUUUUUAAUCACAUGGUUUGUACCCAAUAGCCUCAGUGUACCUUUAAGAAUUUGAGACUUUUUAGGAAAUGCAUUUGUCAGCUUUCCUCUAAUCCCUUACUUCCACCCACAGUAGAAGAUGCUAAAAAUCAUACCUUAAAGACUCUGGAUUUGAGAUUCACCAAGGAGAGGUCAGUUGGGUUUUGUGGUCCUGGGACAAGUGGGUAUAAAAUGCAGAACCUAGUUUUAAUUCCUUAUUUCCAGAUUUUUCUACAUUACUUUAGAGAUGCCUUUAAGUUAAAUUUUAGAUCAUCUCAGCAGACCACAUAUCUAAUGCCUUUGGGGAUCCCAA